AACAAAGCAGCUUCAAUGGUUCAGAGAUAGUGGAGCAGCAUCACUGGUUCAGAUAUAAUGGAGCAGCUUGACUCAAGGUGCCAGCAGCCGGGGCUUCAUCCGUCUCUCAGACACCAGGAAGAUGGCGCCUGUGCUCGGCUACUGGAAUAUUCGCGGUCUUGCUCAGCCAAUCAGGCUUUUACUGGAAUAUACUGGCACAGAAUUUGAAGACAAAUUUUACGUAUGUGGCCCAGCACCAGACUACGAUAAGUCUUGUUGGUUUGAUAUUAAAGAAGAUUUAGGGCUGGAUUUUCCAAAUCUUCCAUAUUACAUAGAUGGGGAUGUAAAAAUCACGCAGAGUAAUGCAAUAUUGCGCUACAUUUCCCGGAAACAUGACCUCGUAGGCAAGACAGAAGAAGAAAAAAUUCGUGUUGACAUUCUUGAGAACCAAGCUAUGGAUUUUCGAAAUGGCUUUGUCAGGCUCUGUUACCUUGAGUUUAACCUUCAGAAGCAACGGUACUUGGAUGCUCUUCCCAAAACUAUAAAGACGUUCUCCGAGUUUCUUGGAACUCGGCCAUGGUUUGCUGGAGAUAAUAUAACUUUUGUUGAUUUCCUGAUGUACGAGCUACUUGACCAGCACCUGCAGUUGGAUGACACAUGCCUUAAGAACGCUAAGAAUCUGCAGGAAUUUCAAAAAAGAUUUGAGGACCUGGAGCCCAUAAAGAAGUACAUGGCCUCUCCCAGGUUCAUGAAGGCACCACUGAACAACAAGAUGGCCAAAUUUGGAGCAAAAUAAACAGAUUUUUACCUAUUUGAUGGAAUUUUAAAAACAUGGAUAGGUGACCACAUUACUAUUAUCACACACUUUAGGAUUAAUUGAUGCCAUAACUGUCACGUAUACAUUUUAGAAAAAGUUGGCAUUUGCGUUUGAUUUUUUUUUUUUUUUUUUUUUUUUUCUCCCACAUAAAAGAAAGAUUCACUACAGUGUUGUUCAAUUAUAUUUUCACUAUCACAUGGCUUCAGACCAGACUGUAGUAAAUUUUGCACUAUUUUAAAUUAUUAAUUUGUAAAUAGUUAAUACAGUAAACAUUCUUUAUUUUUCAAGACAGUCAUUGAUUUGUAAACAGUUAAUACAAAAUUUUUUCUUUGAAGGGAAAUUCAUAAUUUUUCAACCAGUUUGGUAAGGCAAGGAAGAAUAUUUUGCCUACUGAAGGAGCAAGCUGUACAAGCUACCUGACUGAUACUAAAUUCUUGUAAGUACUAAUUGUCUUUGGGACAAGUACUUUUCUUUAAACUUGACCAUAAUGUUAUACUGGAGAAUUAAAGACAAGGUUUAGUGUAAAAUUAUAAAUAGUUAUUAGAUUUAGUUAAUAGUUGUGCAUUAUAUUUUAAGGAAGUAUGUGAACAACGCUAGUAAUUAAACUAAAGCAAAGUAGGGUUGAGAUAAUGUGUAUGGUGAGUACAGCUGGUAAUUAUAUGCUGUAUAUGUUUAAUAUACUGCAUGAUAUAAUUAGAGUGGGAGGCUUUUUAUUUUAUCUUGGUUCAAGUAAGGAGUGUCAGACCAAAUUGAUAAUGCUGGGCUAAAGGGACAAAUUCUUUGAUAACCCUUAAAUUUAAGUAACUUGCUGAAUUCUUAUUUUGUUAGAUGGUCUGCAUGACUACAUAGCAGCUAAUAUGUGGAAGGUGUUUUAGUUUUCAUUCUUUGCCAAAAAAUCAAAUUUGAUUUCACUAUUAGACAUAGUGUGCUGGGAUUCACUCCCUGCUUCUUAAAUCCUAAUAUGUACCUUACAGAAGUAAUUAGUGCAUUUUUUUGUUAUUGCAAAUAUAAUGAAGAUUUUGCUUUGUAGGAAAUGGUAAGAAUUUUCUUUAAAGUGCAAAGAUAUACAUGUACAUAACUUAUAAGUACAGUCUGUAUUUAUAAAUUUUGUACUAUCUGACUAGACUACAUUAUGUAUGAUUUUUACAUAUUUAGGAAAGAAUUUAAUACAUUGCCUUACUGUACAUACAAUACAUUUAAAUUUAAUAAAAAAAAAAAGGUCUGCCUU